AAGUCAUCGACUAACGUUGAGAUUCGCCAUACGAUAGAAUAGAAUAGAAAAUCCUAGUUAAGCGUACUUUCGCACGUGCAAAGUGGUACGGCCCUGGCAUCCAACACCCCUCCAUCGUGAAGGAAGCGACGACCGCCCGCUUAGUUUCGGGCAAGAAACGAUAGGCAGUGGGAUCCUCCCAAUCUUCGGAAGCGCGUGUACUCAAGGGAAGAGAAUCAAAAAGCUUCGAAAAUUACAUAAUAGGAGACUGUGUUAAUUAUUCGUUUGAUUCUUGCCCCCUUUCCUUCGCGAUAAGGCCCACUGUUAAAGGGACUCACUGCCAACAUCAAGCGUGGCCGUUUGUUUCGAAAGCGUACACCCCUAACCAUGGCGGACUGGUACGGUAAUAAUCUAUCAAAACGAUAUAUCGUGACGUUUUAAACUGUCAAAUACGAAUAACCGAUACAUCAAGCUUGAACGUGUCUCGGGAAAGUCGUGAUAUAGGGAUUUUUCACCUACAUGCCGGAGCUUGCGUGGCAGUUUCGAGGAAAACGAGAGGGACAGUUUUGGCGCGUGUGUCUUUUAUCUUCAUGAAAAGCUCGUGUAACUGGUGUGUCUCUAAUUUUCAAUCUUCCAUUUUUCAAUCAACAUAAACGACAUGCUGUAACGGAAAAGCGUGACAUCCUGUACCCAUCGUGGGACAUCUAACCCUAACGGAUAUAAACAAACGUUAUCACGAAUGCUUGAAAGAUCAUAGCCGUUUAAACAACAUCAAGAGGCAAGUAAAAACAAGUGAACCUGUGAAUAAUUUUCAUGAAAAACUGAGGAAAGGUGACACGAUCUAGGAACUUUUUUGGAUAUCUGCUAUCGCUGGCGGCGCGGUGGUUACGGACGGAGAAAAGCGAAGUGACGGUUUUGGCGCGCGUACUCGACUCCUGUGUACGACCGGCAGAUGGCCGGUGCGCCGGUACGUUAUACGCGCGCGUCCACGAACGCACCGACACAUGACAGGCGCCUAAGCACGUACUACCACCAUGACAGAGACGCGUUCAAGAGCAUAUCGAGUCAGUGGUAGAAGGCCACUACCACAUUGACACUGAGCGUUGGUGAGAGCGCAGUAGAGCGCACGGACACGCGGUUCGGUGUUACUACUACCGGUACAGACGGGUCUAUCUGCCUCGUAGCCCGAGCCAGUUGCCAGCGCGCCAGCUAGCCCCGUCCAUCCAAUCGCCCAGCUCACGAGCCGGCCUCGUGUGCGCGCGCGACACCCCGACAGAAAAGGUUCGUUUUCCUCGCCGGUGGCUCGACCGAUCAUGUCGAGGCGGGGCUUAUCGUGAACUUUAGAGCCUAUACAUUCCUUGGAAGCUGAAAACACGGCGAACGCACGUACAGUUUCGGCCCUUUACGCACGAUUAUUUCGGGUCCUCAGUCUACUGCUGCUGCUGCUGCUGCUGGUGCUGGUGCUGGUGCUUGGUUGUCGUUCCUAUUGCUGAGAUCGGCCCUGCAGAAAAUGGAUACCGCACCAGUGCGGUAGAGAGACAGAACGAAGCAGAUAUAUAGAAAAACGAGCGUGAAAGAGAAAGAAAGAGAGAGAAAGUGUGUGUGUGAGAAAUAAAGGCCACGCAACUACUACGACUACGACUACGACGAGGACAACGACAACCGUUUACAAGUUGAGAAAGAAGGACAGAGGGAGAGAAAACGAGCGAGGGCGAGAGAAUAGUAAAUCAUAUGUACGAAGUCUGUAUAUAAUAUACCAAAGCGAAAAAGCAAGAGAAACAUUUCGUGCACGGGCUAGCCUCGGAAGACCGGGUUAGGAGAAGCCUCGUCGUCUGGUCGUUUCCCCAGACGAACACGUUUCCUUGUCCUGUCAUCGACAGGCCUACAGUGAAAAUUGCAUCUAGAAAUAUCGGCAACGCGACGACAACGAUCACGACCACGACGGCGACGUAUUUGCCUCUAUCGAGGAGGCACGGAUAUGCCUCGCUCGUCGGCGCUGUGACACGCGCCGCGCCGUGUGCUGGCUGAACCUCCCGGAAGAGAGCGUGGGCCUCCGUCUCAAAAUACUGUGCAGUUUCUACCGCACGCUCGAGAGCCAAGUUCUCCUAAACAAUAAAGAUGCCUCGAGUAAGGAGACAAGUGGUCUUGGAAGAUCCUGCCAGGCCUGUCACACCAGACAUGGUGGAAACUAAAUUAUUGAAACAAGAGUUUUUGGACGAUGGCUCUUUGGAUGAAGUUCAAGCACAAAAAGUGGCUGAAGAAACACCAAGUCCUCAUCUUCAAGACCAUCAAUAUGGACAAACACCUUGUUAUCAAGUAACAAGGAAACCCACACAACCACCACCACGAACUGAACAAAUAUCAGUUCAAGCAGUGAAACGAAGACUGAAUCUGGAAAUGGGAACUACCGGUCCUAGCCAAUCUGCCUUCAAAGCCCCUAGAGGCAAACGUAGGAGAUCUGGAUCGAGUUCUCUGGCUGGCCACACUCCUACAAAAAGUAAAACGGUAGAAAGAACGCGGUACGAUACAUCACUGAGCUUACUUACAAAAAAGUUCAUACAUUUAGUCGAGAGCAGUCAAGACGGCGUCGUAGAUUUGAACGUAGCGUCUGAAAAGUUAGAAGUACAGAAACGUCGUAUAUACGACAUUACGAAUGUAUUGGAAGGCAUAGGUAUUUUGGAGAAGAAAAGUAAAAACAAUAUACAAUGGAAAGGUGGUCAGUUACCAAACGAUAGGAAUGAUAUCGCUGAUCUCAGAAGGGAAGUGGCAGAUUUAGAAGCUAAGGAAAACACCCUGGAUCGAUUGAUUCACGGCGCAGACAAAAAUCUUAGGGAGCUCUGUGCAGACAGACAAUACGCUUAUGUAACGUAUCACGAUUUACGUUCUGUCCCAAUGUACAAAGACCAGGCUAUAAUGGCAGUAAAAGCUCCGCCAGAAGCCACACUUCAUGUUCCACAACCUAUCAAUAACCUUGGUCAGCAAAAGCUUCAAAUGCAUAUGAGGUCAUCUCAUGGCGAGAUAGAGGUAUUCCUCUGCCCUGAUGAUCCUACAGUCAAAACGUCCCCCAAUCCGGGUUACACGACGACGCAACCUGUGCCUUCGUCAAAAGAAUCCGAAAUACCUUGUCUGCCUCCUGAACUUCUAACCAAUGAAGAAAGCGGAGUUCGGGUUGAACCAGUACCUUCUGUCGAGAGUUCGUUGAAUACUCGUUUGUCCACACCGGUUAUAUCUGCAGUUACCAGUUUAGCAGGCAUGAGGGACGCACUUUUGUGUGAAUCUGAUGAUUAUGGACCAAUGGGUGGAGGCAAAUUCCAACUCCAAACGGAGGAUCAAAUUAGCACUUCAGAUCUAAGUAUUCUUGAUUUCGGUGAGCACCUGCUGUCUCUGGAACCGCCUCUUUCCGAAAACGACUAUUCGUUCGCGUUAGGCACGGAGGAGGGACUUUCGGAUCUCUUUGAUUUCAAAUUCUAAAGGAUAUCGUCCUAAUCGUCGUCGUCGUGACACGCAAUACAAGCAAAGACCCCUGUCUUUUUUGGACUACCACUCUGAGUUCGCCUCCUUAGUAUUCGAACGGAUAGAGAUCACUUGGUUAAUCCAAUAAUACUAGCGCUUUCGUAUCGAUUGACAAUUUUUCUUUUAUUAACUUCAAAGGGAACGAUCGAACAGAAAACGUAGUAGCGUACGAAUCAUCCAUCGGCCCAUUAUACAAA